GAAUGUAAAGAUCAGCCCUGACGUCGAAGGGGUGUGGCAACAUUUUUCUGACUGACCUUUAGCUUGGGGAGCAAGUUUCACGUCCAGUGCAUGAUGGGAUACAAGGAACCUUGACGGAAAGCAAGUUUGUACUGUUACUAACCUGGAAAACGGAGGUACUAGUGAAUUGUUCUUCUGCGGGAAAACGGCGGUCUUCUUGUAGUUUAACUGGCAUUUUCCUGUACAAUGUUGGAAAUCUAGAACAUUUUCCAGUGGAAUCAUGAAUUUAAGAGGCCUUUUCCAAGAUUUUAAUCCUAGUAAAUUUCUUAUCUAUGCCUGCCUAUUGCUGUUCUCCAUUUUGCUGUCACUUCGGUUGGAUAGAAUAAUUCUGUGGAGUUACUGGGCUGUAUUUAUACCAGUAUGGCUGUGGAAGCUUAUGGUAAUUAUAGGAGCCUCUGUUGGGACUGGUGUAUGGGCCCGCAAUCCUCAGUACAGGGCAGAAGGAGAAACCAGAGUGGAGUUCAAGGCUAUGCUCAUUGCAGUAGGAAUCCAUCUGCUCCUCCUGAUGUUUGAAAUAUUGGUCUGUCAUAAGAUCCAGACAGGAGCAAUUUACUUCUGGCUUCUUGUUUUUAUGCCAUUGUUUUUUGUGUCUCCAGUGUCUGUAGCAGCAUGUGUUUGGGGAUUUCGGCAUGACCGGUCCUUGGAGCUUGAAAUCUUGUGUUCCGUCAAUAUCCUCCAGUUCAUCUUUAUUGCACUUCGUUUGGACCGAAUCAUCACGUGGCCAUGGCUUGUUGUCUGUGUUCCUUUGUGGAUAUUGAUGUCAUUCCUUUGUUUGGUGGUUCUGUAUUAUAUUGUGUGGUCUGUGCUUUUCUUGCGAUCCAUGGAUGUAAUUGCUGAACAGAGAAGAACUCACAUCACAAUGGCAGUAAGCUGGAUGACCAUUGUUGUUCCUUUGCUUACUUUUGAGAUUCUUCUGGUUCGCAAAUUGGAUGGACACAAUGAUUUUGCAUAUAUUCCCAUAUUUGUCCCACUUUGGCUUUCAUUAGUAACAUUAAUGGCAACAACAUUUGGACAGAAAGGAGGCAAUCACUGGUGGUUUGGAAUACGUAAAGACUUCUGUCAGUUUCUUCUGGAGAUAUUCCCUUUUCUCAGAGAAUAUGGAAACAUUUCUUAUGAUCUCCAUCAUGAAGAUGUUGAGGAGCUUGAAGAGACACCUGUACCAGAACCUCCAAAAAUUGCACCCAUGUUCCACAAAAAAACUGGUGUAGUAAUUACUCAGAGUCCUGGAAAGUAUUUUGUUCCACCUCCAAAACUGAAUAUUGAUAUGCCAGAUUAAACAUUUUUUUAUUAGCGUAGUUUUUUUGCAAUAUACAUCAGUGAAAGUUUUAAAACUGGAACUUAGGAUUUUGUUACCAGAGUUAGGUUUUCAUCUCAUCCUUAAGUUUCUUGUUGACUUACAGUAGUUAAUUGUGGGACUUAAAAAAACAGCCAGUAACACAAGCUGAUAACUGAACUUGUAUCUGAUGCAAUUCAGUUUAGAGUGGUAUGGUAAUGCAUAGAUAUUCUUCCAGUAAUGAAUUUCCCAUACAGUAAUAAACCCACAUAAGAGGCAGGUACGAGUUUAGAAAAUACCUAAAUGUUGCUCGGAUUCAAACUUGUGUGGGGAUGUAGUCAUAACCCUGAUGCUUAUCUGUCAAAAAUAAAUUUUGCUGAUUUUUACAGCGAAGUUAGUAAUACAGAUUGUAAAAUUGGCAUAGUGUAGCAGUAUGUUUGCAAAGUAAAGGAUUCCAGUGGAAGAUUAGAAAUGUUUGAGUAGCCAUUCGUAUGGUUUAUUCUGCACUAAAUGCCCAUUAGCUGCAAAGCACUCCAUGUAUGUAUCAGAAACAUACAAGUCUCAUGGCUUUCUGUGAAGGAUAGUGCUGGCCACUGAUCUGCAUGCUACAUGCUGACUAUUUCUGAAGUCAUGUUUGAAUUGGCUGCAAAAGUACUCCAAGUCAUGUUAGGGUGCAUCUGUGUUAUCCAUUGUCAAGGUGCAGGUUGUAGAAAUUAAAGAUUUAAAGCAAAUGUAUGAUGACUUGCAGCAGUUAUGAGAUACCACAUUGGACUGGUUAUACUUGUACCAUAUUAAUAAUUGUAGUAGACUUCAUUAGUUAUAUAUUUUUUAAAUAUCGGAUUAAAUAAUUAUCUUAGCCAGUCAAGUCACACCAUGACCUUUUACUGUAAAAUGUAGCUUAUCGCAUAACUUGAUCUGAAAAAGUUUUAAAAUAUUUACCCAGUCAAAUUGUUUUUAAACACAAGCACCCAGACUUGAAGGCCAACACCUGUUGUGUUUUUCAUAACACACAUGGAUUAUUUAGUAAGCUAAUGUUAUAAAAAUUACUGUGUAGUUUAUUUACUUCCUUGGAAUUUUUGAAGUUUGCAAGAAAAGAAAAUGUAUGAGAUUUAGACAUCUUUUUCUUUCAAAUGUGUACUAAUGCGCAUAAUUUUAUGUUAACAUUUUUGUUUAGUGAAAUUCAGUUCAAAAAGUCACAGUUCGUUUUAAAAAAUAUGCGUUAAUUAUUCCACCAACCUGUAGUAAUGACUACCAAGCAGGUCUCAUGGACAGUGUCUCAAUUUGUGUAGCUAGUUGAAUUCUCCGAGUCAUGAAUUCAGAUUUUGAAGUGCUCUUUAAAGUAUUACAUAUUUUGCACUGUAACAUGUCUAAAUUGUUACUUACAUUUAUUGUAAUCCGUGAGUCAAACAAGCAUUUUCUGUAUGUUUUGUGAUUCUUUUUUUUUCAUUGUUUUAAAAGCCUGCACCUAGACUAUUUUAUAAUGCAAGUCUUACAGAUGCAUCGUGAUUUGAGAAUUCACCUUUGAGAUGGGGAAAGGAAGCAUCUCAUGAAUAUGAUGGAGAUGCUUGUUUUUUGUCCCUUGCCUUUCCCAGGUAUGGGCAUCUACCAUAUUGGUAGAAAGCAUAACACACCCAACUGCAUCUUUCUUAUGUCAUCAGUCAUGGCAGAAAGACCCAAAGUAAAAUCCAUCUUCAUCUUAAGUUGUAUAAUGUAUGUGUUUACCAGUGAAAUUUUCACAUAAAAGGCGUACUUUGAAAUUAUCCAUCCUUUCCACUUCCAAGUCCAUUUAUUAACUGAUUGUCAAAAUAGAAUGAAACCAGUUGAAUAACUCACAUUUUAAGCAACUUACCAGAGAAAGGAAAAUUUGUUACUGUAAUAAUUUGACUGUUGCCAUUUAACAAGGUAUUUAUUUAUGUACAUAUCUGUUCAUAAUUUUUGCCUACCUGAAUUAUUUGCAAGAGGCAUCUGGCAACCACUUUGCUUUUGAAUGUCUUUUAUGUUUUUUCUGAUGUUAAAUAUGCACCGUAUGGUUAAGUGUUACCUUCACAAAGGGCUGUACUGUACACAUCAGAAGACAAAUCAGUAGAUCUUUCAAUUCCUAGAGCGUUUCCCCAAAAUAAUCAAGAAAAAAUGAGUAAAGUUUUAGUGCAGUAAUGUUUGUCGUCAUUGACUUACAACAGAGUUGAGUAAAAAUUUUUUUUUUUUUUUUUUAUUUUUUUAAGUAAUGCAGUACUGUGUAAAUUUGUGCAUAUGUAGAAAUUGUAGUUUAUUUAACAUUAUAAGUUGUAACUCUCAGCUGGCCUGAGAGUGAAGUGCAAUCAUUUUUUGUACCACUUCUGAUGUUUAUAUUGGACCAAACAAUGAGGCAUCAUUCAUUUUUCCGAGGUAAUAUACUUCUGUACAUUUAUUAAUUUUUUUGGAAUGUGUUGUCAUUAAACAAAUAAAUACAAGUAAAUUAAACAAGUAUUCUAAUAAAUAAUUUUGUGAAACAUG